UAAACACAAAAUUUUGAGACCAUGUGUGAUGUGGUAUAUUUUACAAAUCUAGGAAAGAAUGUCAGAAGAUAACUCACUACAGCUGAAUUUCUAUGUUGGAAAUGAAAAACGGACGAAACAGAAAACGAAAUAUAGCAGGAAACGGGGAACAAGAAUAAAACAAAGAAAACUACAAAAAGCCACAUCCGGACAUGCUGCUUUUCAUUCAGAUAAACCAGAUGAACCACACAAACCAGAGACAAUUCAGAAAACAGAGGGUGAAAAAGAAAUUUCAUUAAAAUCAAACAAAAAUAUACCUGAAGAGGAAUAUGACACUACAAAAGUUCCUAUGAUUGUUUCUUCAUCUUUGAAGAGAAAGCACCCAGAGGAUGUGAGAGACAUACCACACAAAAAAGAAAGGAAUGAAAAUAAGGUGUUCAUAUCCUCUUUGUUCAGGUUUAAUCCUGAGAUUCCAAAUGUUGAAAAGUCAGCUAUUGCAAGGAAAAGAGAGGAGAUUUUUUCUUCAAAGAAUUUCAAAGAUCUAGAAUUACAUCCCUUCAUGAUAUCAAAUCUAGAGGAGAGAUUCAAGAUAACACAGAUGACAUCAGUGCAGCAGAGAGCCAUUCCACAAAUACUCAGCGGUCAGGAUGUCCUGGUCAAGUCACAGACAGGGUCAGGCAAGACGCUAACAUUUGCAAUACCCGUGGUGCAUCACUUGCAGGGGAUCAAACCAAAGAUAUCAAGAAUGAAUGGAGUACAUGCUCUCAUCAUUGUGCCCACAAGGGAGUUAGCCAUUCAGUGCUUUGAAACCUUCAAGAAACUAGUCAAUCCUUUCCAAUGGGUGGUACCAGGAUGUUUAAUGGGAGGUGAGAAAAGGAAAUCAGAAAAAGCCAGACUGCGGAAAGGCAUGAAUAUCCUAGUGUGUACACCAGGGAGGCUGCUGGACCACAUCAAACACACUAAUAGUCUUCAUCUGGAUAAAGUUAAAUGGCUGGUGAUAGACGAAGCAGACAGAAUGUUAGAUCUGGGGUAUGAGAAGGAUGUAGGAGAAAUUAUCAAUGCCCUGGACUCAGAGAGCCACAGACAGACUGUGCUGCUGUCAGCUACGUUAACAGAGGGUGUAGAGAGGCUGGCUGGAAUGUCCCUGACAGAUCCACUCAAGAUAGAUGUCUCCAAUUCAGAGGAGGGGGGUGGAUCAUCCAAUGUACAGAACUCAGCUCAGAGCUCAGAGCAAGACAAAUCUGGGAACUUUGUUGUGCCAGAAAAACUGAAGCAGAAUUUUGUGAUCACACCUUGUAAACUGAGAUUGGUCACUCUCACAGCAUUCAUCCUCCUGAAAAUUAAGAUGGUGAGUAGCCCAGGAAAGAUGGUGGUAUUCCUGUCCACUCAGGACUCUGUAGAAUUCCACUUCCAGCUGAUGAGUCAUUUCUUUGGAGGGGAGGGGGGUGAGGAGAAUGCUAACCUGGCAGAGGAGGGGGACAUUGACUUCUACAAACUUCAUGGAGACAUGCCACAAAAGGAGAGAACUAAAACUUAUCAGGAAUUUUCUGCUGCAAAGACGGGAGUCUUAUUCUGUACAGAUGUUGCAGCUCGUGGCCUACACUUACCUGACGUGAGGUGGAUUGUUCAGUACACCACCCCUGGGGCUGUACAAGACUACGUCCACAGGGUGGGGAGGACGGCCAGGGUGGGGAAGCAGGGCCACGCCCUCCUCUUCCUGAUGCCAGCUGAGGUUGAAUAUCUGAAGUCUCUGGCAAGUCAUGGAAUAAGUGUGGAAGAAGUUAAUAUGGCAGACAUCCUAAAGACAUUGAUUAUUGCUGUACAAGAUAUGAUUCCAGAAACAGAGAAAAGGAAGACUCCAUCAAAAACAUUUGAAGAGUGUGCCACUUACAUGCAGCUUUCCUUUGAGAAUUAUGUAGCAGAAGAUAAAGAAAUGUCCCAACUGGCUAGGAAAGCCUUCCAGUCCUUUGUGAGAGCUUAUGCAACAUACCCUUCUAGUCUGAAGUCAAUAUUCCACGUCAGGAACCUACACUUGGGCCACCUAGCCAAGAGCUUUGGAUUGCGAGAUGCCCCCUCUAAUAUUAAUGAGAAGACUGGAAAACAGAAAGCGUUUUCAAAGAAACAAAAACCCAAAAAAGAAAGAUUUGGUUCAGAAAUUGGAGGGCACAGCAAUAAAUCCCAUUUCUCAUCAUUGGCAGUGUCAGAGUUUUCAAGUGGACUAUCUAAAUCAAGCUUAACAAAACAAAAACAUUGAUACAUGAUCUGUAAAUAUCAUUACAUGUAACUUUAAUAAAUGCUAAUAUAAAAAUCCAA